GCGUUCUGUGCUGCAAGAGAGAGGAACCGGUGGGCACGAAACAGUGUAAUUGGUGUAAAAUGGCGCUGUCGCAAGGAACAAAGAAAAAAGUUUGCUAUUACUAUGACGGUGAUGUGGGGAACUACUACUAUGGCCAGGGCCAUCCCAUGAAGCCCCACAGGAUUCGCAUGACCCACAACCUCCUCCUCAACUAUGGCCUGUACAGGAAAAUGGAGAUCUACAGACCACACAAAGCCAGUGGUGAAGAGAUGACAAAGUACCACAGUGAUGACUAUAUAAAGUUCCUCAGGUCCAUUCGACCAGACAACAUGUCAGAGUACAGCAAGCAGAUGCAGAGAUUCAAUGUUGGAGAGGACUGUCCAGUGUUUGAUGGCCUGUUUGAAUUUUGUCAGCUCUCAACGGGUGGAUCUGUUGCUGGGGCAGUGAAACUGAACAAGCAGCAAACAGACAUCGCUAUCAACUGGGCUGGUGGACUUCAUCACGCCAAGAAAUCAGAGGCCUCUGGUUUCUGCUAUGUCAAUGACAUUGUCCUGGCAAUCCUUGAACUGCUUAAAUACCAUCAGAGGGUGUUAUACAUUGACAUUGACAUCCACCACGGUGAUGGAGUUGAGGAGGCGUUCUACACCACAGACAGGGUCAUGACCGUCUCUUUUCACAAGUAUGGGGAGUACUUCCCUGGAACAGGCGAUUUGAGGGACAUUGGAGCUGGAAAAGGGAAAUACUAUGCAGUGAACUACCCACUGAGAGACGGGAUCGAUGAUGAGUCCUACGAAGCCAUCUUCAAACCAAUCAUGUCCAAAGUGAUGGAGAUGUACCAGCCGAGUGCUGUGGUCCUCCAGUGUGGAGCAGAUUCCCUCUCUGGAGAUCGACUGGGCUGCUUCAACCUCACCAUCAAAGGUCAUGCUAAAUGUGUGGAGUACAUCAAAAGUUUCAACCUGCCCCUGCUGAUGCUGGGCGGAGGUGGCUACACUAUUCGGAAUGUGGCCCGAUGCUGGACCUAUGAAACUGCGGUUGCUUUGGACUGCUCCAUCCCCAACGAGCUGCCCUACAAUGACUACUUUGAGUACUUCGGACCCGACUUCAAGCUGCACAUCAGCCCGUCCAACAUGACCAACCAGAACACCAAUGAGUACCUGGAGAAGAUCAAGCAGCGCCUGUUUGAAAACCUGCGCAUGCUGCCACACGCCCCCGGGGUCCAGAUGCAGGCGAUCCCAGAGGACGCCCCCCACCCAGACAGCGGAGACGAGGAUGAGGAGGACCCCGACAAACGAGUCUCCAUCCGCGCCCAUGACAAGAGGAUAGCCUGCGAGGAGGAGUUUUCUGACUCUGAGGAUGAGGCGGAGGGGCAGGGAGGAGGACGCAGGAACGCAGCUAAUCACAAGAAGGCUAAACGAGUGAAGAAGGAGGAGGAGAAGGAAGGAGAAGAAAAGAAAGAAGUGAAAGAGGAAGAGAAGGAGGAGGAGAAAAUGGAUACAUCAGGACCAAAAGAAGAGGCAAAGGCAACUUGAGAGCCGACGCAGGGAUAAACUGAUAACCGUACUGUUCCUCAAUUCUUCUACUUCAUCGAUAGGACUUUUUGUACUGUUUUAUCACGCACUCUUAUCGGCAAACCUUGUUCACACUGGAUCCUUUGCAUUUGUUUGGAAGCUUCCAAUUGCUCCCAAGACUCUGUUUUACACCAGGCCCACGUGGAGCUCUGCGUAUGGAAAACGAAUGCCAUAAACCCUCAGAUGCUGCUGUGUGAACCAGGCUUGUGCAUUAAGAUGAAAGCCGCCCAGACCGAUACUGUUCCUAUCAUAGUAUUUCAGAUUCGGGGCCAACGGUAAAACCCCUGCAGAGUCUUAGCCGCUUUGUGUAGUGUUCACAUGCAAAAGGCUUCUUUAUUUAGUCUGUUUUUAAACACCUAUUUAUGAAACUGUUAGAAUAACCAGCGCUGGGGCCCGUCUGGUUGGCUGUUAAUUUAUCAGUAAAUGCAUGUUGAGACUCCUCGCCUUUAGCAUGUACAUAUUAGUCCCUUUGCAGACAGACCCCGACUGCCCUGUAACUUAUUUUAAACCAUGAAUACAGUCUGUCCCUGAGCCCCUCGUCUUCCUCUGAAUAUCCACUCCUAGCCCCUCCUCUUCUUCUUCGUCCUUUCCCUGCAGAGUUUGGAUGUCGAGUAUGAAUGAAUGUGUGAUUUACGUUGGGAAGUGUGACUUGUUUUAGACAUUUUGUAUCGUUAUACGUUAAAGCUGGAGCUGCCGCUGCUAAACGACACUCCACAUGUGUUGUUUGGAGUUCUAUCCUUGUGAAAUGUGCAUUAUCUUGAAAUUUGUUAUAAAAAAAAUAAAGAAAUUAUCCUCA